UACAUCACCAACUCAAUAACAAUUGGCUAAUUUCCUUGUCCGUCGGAAACGACAAGAUUGACGGGAUUCUAUUGGCCGACGUUGCUGUCAAUCAAAACCAGACGUGCUGUUGCGUUUCCUGGUACACAGUAGAAACAGUGCAGUUAGCAUUAGCUUGAAGCGGACACUCAAAUCUGAGGAUUAAUAUCACAUAUUUCAUUUACAUUCAACACUCAAGUCUGUGGAUUGAUUUUAAUAUAUUCCUUCUCCACCAGACACUGAAGUCCGUGGAUUAAUUUGAUAAAAGGUUUUCUUAAGGUUACAGACUCGUCCUUGCUCUUCACUGAGUUCCAGAUACAAAUGGACAGAAAUUCCAGUAAAAUUCGGAAUCAGGACUUAAAUCCAUGCAUUCAAGAAAGCAAUGCUUCUCAAAAGUGUUUGGAUGCUUACAACUAUGAUAAGAACAUGUGCAGCGCCUACUUCCUGUCUUACAAGAAUUGUAGAAAAUAUUGGCACAACAUCAUGUUGCAGAGGAGGAGAGAAGGAGUGGAACCUGACAUGCCAACAGCUGCAGAAAGGCAGGACAUUCUCUCUGCACAUGGAGUAAAACCCUAUUGACCUGUAUGACUUUAUCGUGGAUGGUAACAUUGUUAUGCAUUUUUGGUGAUUGUUGGAGGCUUACAUUCCUGAAUUCGAGGCAGCUUUUUCAAAAAGUUGUGAUGUUUUGAGGCUUAUUGUUACGGCACAGCGGGGAAGAAGGAGACGGCACAGAGGCAAGGAUGUUGUUUAGUUCUAUUCAUUAUGAAUACAGUAUUAUGAAGUGUGAAACUAACCAAAAUAUGUAUGGUGCGACUAUGUGUAGAGAUUAUCUGAGGAGUGUUACCGGGAGUGUUGAGCGAGGUGCGGAAGUCCAAGGAGGGCAAGGCAAGCUCAGAGGUCCAGGGACAGGCAGGAGGUCAGGGGCAAGAGCGAGGCGUCAAAGUCCGUAUCCAAGCGGGAGGUCGAGAUCCAAAGUGGCAGCCAGGAAACCCGAAGGAAUACGGGGAGACGAGACACACAGCUCGUCACCAGGAAACGUAGGAAUGCUGCUG